UAUACUUGGGCGUAAUAUUAUGCCUUUCCAACAACAUUUUCUAUUCCAAUGGAUACUUUUUCAAAAUCAGAAAAACUGAGUGCAAAGCAAACGGAGUAUAUUUCAGCAAUGUCUCUUGCAUUUUGAAGCCAAUUAACUGGACUCGAUCGGUUAUGCACAUGGACUGCGACAUACGGGACGUAAUAACUGAUAUUAAAAUGACAGUAGAAGUAUUCUACAAGGAUUCUUUGAGUUUGUAUAAGCCCUUCGCCGUUAAAUUUAAAUUUAAUGUUUGCCAAUUGUUGAAGAAUAAUACAAACCGAAAUUUUUUGGAAAAAUACGCCAUAAGUCAUUUGACGGAAUGGACUAAUUUAAACCACAGUUGCCCCUAUAGGGGCCAUUUGAGUGCGCGUGACUUUAGUUUGGACGAGGUCUCUCUGCCCAUACUGCCAAUUCAGGAUUACAAAAUUGCAUUUAACUUUUCAGGAGCCAAUCCGGGAAUUCACUUGGGAUUGGUAUUGAUCUAUUUUGAAAUUCUAGAGGAUUAUUACAAGAAUAAAAAGAAAAGGCCACUGCCAAAGUCGCUGAACAUUGUUUAA